AUGAGCCCUGCCGCUAUACCUAAACUUGCGCAAGAGAAUGGCAUUCCGGCGAUUUCUAAGGAUACAGAUAUAUCCUCAAAGGCGACGCCACUCGAGCAAAUGGGCCAUCAGAAUGUUGCUCUGCCAAAGAUACCUGUAUUCGACUCCUUUGAAGCUCAACGCCAGUGGCAGCUUGGACACAUGGUUAGGGCAUUCCAUGUCUUCGCCCGGGAAGGUUAUGCAGAGGGCAUAAGUGGUCACAUCAGCGUUCGGGAUCCUGAAUUCGAAGACAGAUUUUGGAUUAACCCUCUCGCGGUGCAUUUUGGAAUGAUGAAAGUGAGCGAUUUGAUCUGCAUUGAUACCAAGGGGAAUGUUGUUGACGGAAACAUGUCUGUUCCCGCAAAUGCAGCGGGGGUUUCUAUACACACGGCCUGCCAUCUCGCCCGUCCGGAUGUCCAUGCUAUCUGCCAUACACAUUCGCCCUACGGGCGGGCCUGGUCCGCCUUCGCACGCCCUCUGGAAAUGCUCAGCCAGGACGCAUGCUAUCUUUACAACGCACACUCCAUAUAUGAAAAUUUUGGAGGCAUUGCCCUGGCAGAAAGAGAGGGGAAACGGAUUGCAGCCGCCCUAGGCCCGAAAAACAAAGCAUGUAUCCUGCAGAACCAUGGACUCUUGACCGUUGGUGGUACAGUUGAUGAAGCCGCGUACCUUUUCAUCUGCAUGGAGCGAAGUUGCAAAGGGCAGCUGCUUAUUGAGGCAGCCGCUUCUAACGGGAUUCCUAAACUGCUUAUCAGCCAGGAGGAGGCAGAGUAUACAUUUCGUAUGGCCAGUGACCCCCAAACGCUCUAUUGGGAAUUUCAGCCGCAUCUGAGAUACGAAGAGUUUUGUGACGGAUAUCGUGGAAAGAGAGAAGAUAAGACCCGGAUAUGUAAUUCUGAGGCCAUGGAAGAAGCAAAGACGAGGGAAAGUUGA